AUGCUUAGUAAACCCAAGGCACUUCCAGGACAAAGUCCUCCAAAACCCCACGACAAGCCAAAUAUUAUUGAACCAAUUAUUAAGCGCAAAUCAAUUUUAGCAUUUUGUGGUAGACUUAAAGAUUUGCUCAAAAUAGGCUGCUUUUUCUUGAGAAUAACAAAAUUAAAUGAUAGCAGAUUUAAAAAGAUAGCUGUUCCAAGUAGGACCAUAAGAGAAGGAUCCCAAUUUUCAACUAGAGAUAAAAAUCCGUAGAUUUUAGACCUUCUAAACAUCCCACCAAAGCCAAGUCCUAGACAGAAGAUAAUAGAAGUGAAGAGUCCUACAAAAACUUCACUCUUUUUCUUAGCAAAAUUUGAGAAAAUCAAAAGAACUAUGAUCAUUAUAAAGCUAAGAGCUAAGACGAAAUAAGCGAUUAUUUAAUAAUCUAAAUACUAAGUUAUAUCUACUUAACUAUCUUCUAAGAAGGGGACAUAAUAUCUAAAUGUGAAUAUUAAAAAGCCAGAAACCAUAAAAAGUAAAAUUGAGCACCAACUUCUUUUUGAAAAGCGUGGAAGACCACAUACUCCAUGUCCGCUUGUACAACCGUUAGCCAUUUUAGUACCAAUCCCUGCAAAAAAUCCAGCUAUAAUAAAUCCUGCAUAAUUAAGAUUAGCUACCAUUAAAUCUAGAGAAUCAAACAUAGCAAACGAAGAGUUAAAAAUGGGUUAAAACCUAAAUAUUAAAAACAAAACAGAGGCUGUAGCUAAAAAGCCAAAAAGAAAUGUAGCUUUCCAAUAGAAUUGCUCAAUUUAUAGGUUAAAUACUGAAAAUAAAAUGCCUGAAAUACCAGUGACUCUGCCCUUCAUAAUCAGAUUAAAGGUAGUUGCGAGACUUAUUAAAAUUCCUCCAAUAAGAGCAAAUAAUAAAUCUACUCCUUAAACCAUUGAUUGA